GUCACGUCCCUCUCCAGCACCGUCCUCGAUCAUACGGUGCUAUACAAUACGGUACUAUACAAUACACCCCGACAACACCCACACAGCUCCGUCGAGGGCAAUGCUCGGCCUCUGCUUCACCGCGUCGCGCGCGCAGGUGGCGGCGUACCUGCUGGGCGUGGCCCUCUUCAGCAUCUCGUUCCUCGUCUUCCUCAACAGCUCCAUCUCGUUUGUCAUCACGCAGCGCAUCGGGCAGGCGCGCCACGUCGGCGACGCCGUGGGCACGCUGGGCUUUGCCGACGAGCUGGUGGCCCUGGUCGCGUGUCCGGCGUGGGGGCUGCUCAGCGACCGCGUCGGCGUGAGGAGCGUGGCAGUCAUGGGCUACGUGAUCGUGGGCGCGGCGCUGUGGACGCUGGUGCAGGCGACCAACGUGUACCCGCAGCUGCUGCUGGCGCGCAUCCUGUUCAGCGUGGGCGGCAGCGCGACUGCGACCAUGGUGACGGCCAUCCUGCCCACCAUGACGCUCGUCGCGCCCGCCGCACACGAUGCCCCCGCCUCGCCGCCCCGCCCCGAACGAAGCUCUCACGCCGUCACGCCCUCGAUCUCGUCGGAGCUGACCAUCACGCCCGCCCGCUUCCGCUCGACGUCGCCCGAGGGAGCGCCCGAGCCAGCGCCCAAGACGGACACGACGGCCUCGACGUCGCAGCUGGCAGGCCUCGUCGGCACCUUCACGGGCUGCGGCGCCCUCGUCGCCCUGGGCGCAUUCCUGCCCCUGCCCACGCGGUUCCAACACGCGGGGCACACUCCCGCCGCAGCUGUGGCCGACGCCUUCUAUGUCGUCGGCGCCAUCGCCAUGCUGGUCGCCCUGGCCUGCUUCUUCGGCCUGCGCAACCUGCCCGGCGAGGAGGCCAAGGGCUGGGGGCGUCGACAGCACGCAUUCGACACGCGCCGCGUCCUGUCCUACCCGCGCCUGUUUCUCGCGAGCCUGCGUCUGGGCCUCACGUCGCCCACCAUUGGACUCGGCUACGUCGGCGGCUUCGUUGCGCGCGCCUCGUCCGUCGCCAUCUCGCUCUUCAUCCCGCUCUUCGCCAACCACUACUUCCUGCGCACGGGCGAAUGCGCCGUCGACCCCUCCAACCCCUCGGACAUCAAACACGCCUGCCCGCAAGCCUACCAGCUCGCCGCCAUGCUCACGGGCGUCAGCCAGCUCAUUGCGCUCAUGUGCGCGCCUCUCUUCGGAUACCUGUCUGGACGCUACCCCAGAUACAACCUCCCGCUGCUAGUGGCAGCCGCGGCAGGCAUCGCUGGCUACUCUGCCUUUGCGUCCCUUGCGAGCCCCGACCCACGAAGCGAGGACGGGACAGGCGCGAUAUUCGCCAUUGUUGCACUCCUCGGCAUCAGCCAGAUUGGAGCUAUCGUCUGCUCUCUGGCUCUGCUGGGCCGUGGUAUCAACAACGACGACGCCCGCCCCUCGGAGGCUGCAGGCUCGGCGUUUGGGUCAGCCUCACACCCGUCGGCAGGCGCAACCCCACCCUCGAGCACGCCGUGCACGCCCUUGGACGAAGACGCGCCCUUGUUGGGAGGCGGCAGUGUCUCGCGGCCGACUGCAUCGCUGGACUCGCACUCGCACAACCACAUCAAGGGCUUGAUUGCAGGGACAUACAGCCUAAUAGGCGGGUUCGGGAUCCUGCUGCUGACAAAGGCAGGGGGUGCGCUGUUUGACAGCAGCGGGCCUGGGGCGCCGUUCUACAUGAUGGCUGGGUUUAAUGCGCUGUUGCUCGUGGUGGGCAUUGCUGUGAGCGUGAGGCAGGCCGUGCGGUGA